AUGGAAGGUUUUAAGCUUGGAAAAAGUUUUUUUUAUAUCCUUAUACUUAUCGCAUUUCUUAAUGAACUUAUACUAUCCCAAACUGCUAGUAAUGUUACCCAUGAAACCUCUUGCAAUACUGAAAAUUUACAUGAUAUCAUUUGUAUAUCGAAUGAGCAGGAAAUAAGAGAGGUGGUGAUAAACACUAUUAGGAGUAGCCCUCUAGCAAGUAGAGAUGAAGUUAUUCAGAAUUCAAUACCAAAAUUUGUAGAAAUCCCCAAUUUACUCUGCAAAGAUUCGAAAGCAGAGCUAAUACAGUGGAAUAAGAAGUAUAACACAUUCAUUUGCUCACGGAUACAAGCCCAAGAGAAAAUAGCAAAGUGUAGGCCAGGGUAUAUAUUAGAGGAAGUUGUAAUUGAGAGCUCAGAUAAUCGUUUAGGGUAUAAAAACACUGAUAAAAAAGUAAGGAGUGAUGUUCAAAAAAAGUAUGCACUGAGAAAUAAAAAAGUAUGUAUAUCUAGUAUCAUUGUACCAGCGAAAAUAUAUUGUGAGCAAGGGAUACUGACUGAUGGAGUUUGUGUAUCUGAGCAUACAACAAGCCCAUUGUAUGAAUGCCCAAAUUUUCUUCAUUUAACUCCCAGUAAAUGGUGUGGUUACCUAAAGAUUGAGUCAUCUAACUUAAUUACAGGAAAUAUUAUUAAUAGAACAAUCGCAAGUUGUAAUGUAAGAAAACAUUCAGGUUUAACCCAAUGCAUUCCUGAAUAUCACUAUUUAGAUAUUACCAGUGAAAAAUCAUGGGUAAAUGUAAAACCUAGUAUAGUUAAAUGUCCAGCCGGAUACUACAUUGAAUUCCCCAAAAUUCUAAAUGGAGAUACUACUAACCCUAUGGAUUCAGGAAGAGCUAUUUGUAAAUUUAGAAAAUUUUUCCCGAGGACAAUAAAGUGUUCUGGGAGACUCUUGAGAAAUGGAUUAAUUGUCGUAGAUCCAAAAAUAGUGCAUCAAGAAGUUAAUCCAAUACCAUUUCAGCAACAUGUCAAUAUUUCUAACUACUCAUGUGAAAUACAAAAAAGAGAAGUACCUUCACUAAUUUGUCCUACUCAAGAAUUAUAUGAAAGAUAUAAAUCAAAUAGUGGAACUUGGCUUGAAACUUCCUGGAAGCUUGAUAAUAAUACAUUACUCGACAUAAUAAACUAUCAGAGAGGUAUCAGUAGGUAUAAUAAUACGAUGCUUGGUGAUAAUUCAGUACUAAAUGCAAAUAAUUCAAACAUUUUAACUUAUGGUAGAUCAAAUACUUUGAAUAAUCCUUUAUAUAAAAAUACUUCAUCUGCUGUGAAAAGUAUAGCAAAUUUUGAUAAUCUAGUAAACCCAGAAAAUAGUACUAUUAAAUAUAUAGAAGUCAUACAAGAAGAGAAACAUCCCAAAAUAUUGAAUGAAGCUACUGACUUCGCUAUUACUGAAACAAAUAACAAAAACAAUAUUCUGAGUAACAUGGAUAGAAUUAUAAAAAAAAUUGACUUUGAAACAAAUAGAGAUAGUAUAGAUAUGGAAAACUUGGUAAGUCAUUUAAACAAUAGCAAUGCAGACAACCAAAUUGUGAUACAAAAGCCUCUGCCCAAUGAAGAAAGUAAAAGUAUAUUUUAUUUAGGGGAAAUACAGCAAGCUACUUCUAUUGAAAACUCAACAAGAUUACCAAAGAUGAUGGAUAAAAGGUCUCUGUACUACCCAUUCCGCUUACCAGUACUUCCGGAGGAUUACAAGAAUGGAAAGAGAAAGCUAGUUUGGAGCACUACAGAAAGGUAUCAGUGGACAUUGCUUGAUAGUAUUUUUAAAACAGGCAUUGGCCCCCAACACUUUUUUUUGACAAACGUUCCAAUUCAUCCACUUCCUCAUAUAGGUUUAGCUAAAAAUAUGGAAUAUUAUCUUACAAUUGAGACUGACCCUACUUUCCAAGCAUUUGUGAAUCACACAUUAAGCUUAAUGAAUAUGGAUAAUAUAAAUGAGAAUAUAAAGUCAGAUAACAUUGGGAAAUAUACACAACCGGAAAGUGUAGUUGAUCAGUUUGCAGUAUAUGGAAAUUGUAAUAUUCAAAUAAACAGUCAAAAUAGUAGCCAAAUAACUCACUUUAUAGAAGAAAAAAAUAAAAGUCUUAUUUUAAACAAGUGUAAUUCUUCUUUAUCUGACAAGGUAAAUGAAACGGAUCAUGAAGGAUCAGUUUUAUAUGCAUUAACUCAGCAAUCGUCACAAGUUCCACAGGAUAAUUCUACACUUAAAGGUUUAUGUAAUAUUAGUUUGCGAUCUCCUGACUUUCUUGAAAGACAAGAGUUAUAUCAAUUUAUAAAAAGUGAUUUCGAUAUAUCUUCAGUAUCAAAAACACCUGAAGUAAUGAUAGAAAAAAGCACAGUAACUCAGUUUGCCAGUUGGCCUGUAUCAGUAAGAUAUUAUUAUCUAAACCAAAACCUAAUAAAAAGGAAUCAAAUUCUAUAUUCUAGUAUUAACAGAUACAUUUACUAUAAGCAUUUCCCUCAUUUGUUUACUUUUUAUUCUGGUUCAACCAGUUAUUUUAAUAGGUAUGGACAUAUAAGAAAACCCGCAAUUUCAGAUAGUAGAUUCAUGUAUGAGAGCCCUAAUGAGAACUUUAGUUACUAUACAGGAGAGUAUGGGAAAAUAGACUCAACAUACCAUAUACACCAGAUAUUCAAUUAUAGUAAACUUUAUAGACAUGCAGUUGGGCCUAUAGACCACUCUCAUUGUAUAUCUAUUAUUGAGACAAUUCCACAAGCUGUCUGUCCAAAAGGGUUUACUUUAAUUUCCAAAUGUGCGAUAGCCGACAUCAUAGACAGUAUAUUUACAGGUGAAGUAGUAAGUAACACUGAAUAA